AUGUUCUAUUCUGCUUUUGCAUACGCAGCACUCGCAGCGACAGUUUCUGCCCACUGCACUAGAGCAUUAUUGAAAGAUGCGACGGAUAAAUAUAUCACAGCACAAACCAAUGGCCAAAGUAGCGAUAUGACGGCUGUCGCCUCAAACGUCACGUAUACCGAGAACGAACAGAAAGUCGACAUAAAGACGGGAAUCCUUGCUCAACCACUGAAGAUUGAUCACAAUCGUACCAUCAUCGAUACGACACUUUGUGCAAGCUUUACAGAACUGAUUGUAGCCAAAUCCGAGCACCCGUAUGUAAUUGGCACACGCAUGCUUUUUACCGACCACAAGGCGACUUUGAUAGAAUCGAUUGUGACCGAUAAAGGGGAUUGGGCAUUCAACGCAACGGGUUAUUUGUAUUGGAACUCGUUGGAAAAGUGGGAUCCAAUUCCCAAGGAGAAAAGAGAUAGCAGAGCUGUCAUCCAAGCCGCUGGUGAUGCGUAUUUCGACAGGUUCAAUGAUACUAAAAUCAUCGUCCCAUGGGGUACACCUUGUGCUCGACUUGAAGGUGGUGCAUAUACCGGAGCCGGGCGCGACUUGUCUACGGACACCUGCACUCCCGCAGGAAUGCCAUCCUCAAUUGUUGUCACUAACCGCCGAUAUGUGGUAGACGAAGAAAUGGGUGUGGUAGACAUAUAUUUGGGCUUUCCCGGACUGGAUAGAACACAGGGACAGCUACCGAUGCCUGACAGUCAUAUGUUCAGAAUCGAAGGAGGACAAAUACGAUAUGUCCACACUGUCUCGUCUUGCGUGACCCCUGGUUGUGGCAUGAACGGUACCGGACCACCAAUUCCUACCUAG